CGAAUUUUGACAUAUAUAAAAAUAUUAAAUUAUAUUAUUAUUUUAUCACAUGAAAUAUGAUCUAAGGAUAUUUAUCAUUCUGAAACGUCUGUGGCCACUGAAUAAAGUUCAUAGUACUGCUCCAGAUAAGAGUUUAUUUGCAUCAGUACGUGUGAAAUGGAGCCUAUCCUUCUCGUCCAUGGAGGAGCUGGGAAUAUACCUAAUGAAAGAGUUCCAGGGAAGUUGACUGGAUGUAAAAAAUCGGUUCAAAUUGGUUACAAAAUUUUAAAAAAUGGUGGUAGUGCGCUGGAUGCAGUGGAAGCUGCUGUUAGGUAUAUGGAAGAUGAUGAGAACUUCAAUGCAGGUUACGGAUCUGUACUCAAUUUAGAUGGAGAAGUUGAAAUGGAUGCCAGUAUAAUGAUAGGUUCUAACUUAAAUGCAGGAGCUGUGACUGUAGUUAGAGAUAUCAAAAACCCCAUCAGUUUGGCUCGUUUAGUAAUGGAGAAGACUCCCCACGUACUUCUUGCUGGUGCAGGUGCAAAUAAAUUUGCAAGUGAAAAUGGAAUAUCGACUGUUGAGCCGGGAAGUUUAGUUACUAAAGCAGCACAACAAGCUUUGGAAAAUUUUAAACGAAAAGGUGGAAGUCUGACUGAGAUUGGUCACAAAAAUCCAGGGGAUGUUGGUACAGUUGGUGCAGUAGCACUCGACGUAAAUGGAAAUUUAGCUGCCGCUACCUCCACUGGUGGUAUCAAUGGUAAAAUGGUAGGAAGAAGCAGUGAUACAUGUAUGAUUGGUAGUGGAACGUAUGCUGAUGAUGAAGUUGCAGCAAUUUCUACAACAGGUCAUGGAGAGACGAUAGCUAAAUUUUGCCUCGCUAAUUCCAUAAUAAGAGAGAUGAUGCAUGGGCAAUCCGCUCAAGAUGCUACCGAAGACGUAUUGAAGAAAAUGACAGCUCGUCUUAAUAACACUGCAGGAGCCAUCACUCUCGAUAAUAAAGGCGAAGUUGGUAUUUUUUUUACAAGUGAAAAAAUGUCAUGGGCUUACAGAAAAGAAGAUUUAUUACAUUUUGGGAUAUUCCCUAAUCAACACGAAACUGAGGACGCCAUAGAAGAUAACUAAACAUAGUUUCAUAAGUAAAACUGGAUAUUUUUUUAAGUUUAUGUAACUCAUGAUAAUUAUUAGGUAUUCUCAAAUAAUAUCCAUAUUUCAAAGUAGAUUACGAGGAAAAAAAAACACUAAGUCCGUAACCAUUGAAUUUUAUUUGAUUUAAAAAAAUAUAUGUUUUCAUUUCAAAGCACUUUCGACCAUGUAGGGUGAUCAUCAGGUAUAAAAUUAUAAAGUAGGUAGAAAAUCUGCGAUAAUCUUAAGUUAGAUACAUAUCUUGAAACAUUUAAAUUUUCCUGUCUUACCACUUAUAAGAAAUCCAUUUGAUUUGGUGAAAAAAUGAUUUAAAACAUGAUGAAAAUUAUAAUAUAAAUAAACUACAUCAAUAGGUUGAACUAAUAGUAGAUAUCAGGGGCGGCUUGUGACCAAAAUUUUGGGGGUUUACAGAAUAUAGAUCUCGGUACAGAUGUAGGUAAAAACUAUACAUUAUAAACUUUCUAAAACACUGAAAGCUUUUUUCAUACUGUACUGAUAUCUAUAUUCUAUCACUGUGAACCCACAAAAUUUUGGUCACAUGCCGCCACUGGUGGAUAUGGUAUAAAAUGGCAUAACAUUUGAAUAAAGCGAACUGUAUUUGAAUGAAAUGAAACCCACCAUUGGAAACUAUCCUUGUAUAUAUUAACGUAUUUACAGUUAUACAGUUAGAAAAGGUACAAUUUUAGAGUCUGACAAUCUAAUUAAUAAUAAUGUCAACUUCUUCGUAACUAGGGUUUUUUAAGGACGAGCGGCGCCCAACACAUUAUUAAAGGGUUCAACCCCAACAUGCCGCCCCCCUUGAAAGCUCUGCCUUUCAAAACCAAAUGCGUAAACUAAGAACUUGAUUAAUAGUUUUAAACUAACUAUCCUCUUCCGAGUCUAUCGGCAAAACACAGAUUCGAGUAACUGCUCGUUUCAACAGGCCAUGUGAAGUUUUCACGGUUACCACCCGGCAUUGACCAUCAUUUCCUGGAUGUAGCGUGACUAUUCGGCCCAUUUCCCAUUUAAGUGGCGGUAAAUUGUCUUCUUUUAUGACGACCAGUUCUCCUACACGUAUGGGCUCCUUAGACAACCUCCACUUACUUCGCUGUUGAAGACGUGUUAAAUACUCUCUGGACCAUCUUUGCUAGAAAUCUUGGUUGAUACGAAGAACUAAUUUGUAUCGGUCCUUAUAUCCUAUCCUGACCUCCUUCAUAUCUUCUUGGGGUAGCGAUGCUAACGAAGAACCGAUUAAGAAGUGACCCGGUGUUAACGUAUGUAAGUCUUCCGGGUCUUCCGUCAAUGGAACUAACGGACGUGAGUUUAGACAUGAUUCCACCUGCGUUAUUACUGUAAGCAAUUCUUCAAAAGUUAGUCGUUGCUCCCCAACUACUCUCUUUAGGUGAUAUUUAGCCGACCUUAUCACAGAUUCCCACAACCCCCCAAAAUGCGCCGAUCGUGGUGGAAUAAAGUGCCAGUUAAUCUGUUGACUAGCAAAAUGUCGCUGAAAUGCAGUUUGAGUGUCUGAAUUUUGUAAAAAUCGGUUUAGCUCUUGUAGUCCAUUUUUGGCCCCUACAAACAAAUGCGCACAUGUAAACCUUAAUAACUUUGUGAUCCCGAAUUUUACUAAGUUUAAUUUCAAAUGGACCCCCGUAAUCAAUGCCGCAAUUUGAAAAAGGACGGCUUGGCGUUACUCGACUUUUAGGCAAAUUUCCCAUUAUACACUCAAACCCUCUAGGUCUUACCCUAAAACAAACUAUACAAUUUCUCAAUACCUGCUUUAUUGUAUUGAGACCAGAUAAAGGCCAAUAAUUUAACGUUAUUAUAGCCAACAACGCUUGUGGUCCUGCAUGCAGAUUCUUACGAUGUUCAUGAGUAAUAAGCAUUUUAGUAAAUUUGUGAUGGUUAGGUAAUAUGAUUGGAUGAAGCUGGUUAAAAUGCAAAUUGGAAUUUUGUAACCUUCCCCCUACCUGAAGUAUACCUUCCAAAUCCAGAAACGGGUUUAAUGAUAACAAUUUACUAUUUUUUGCUAUGUUCCGUUUCCCUUGUAGCGCAAUAAUCUCCUCCCAAAAUGCCUGCCACUGACAUAAUUUAACAAGUAUUUUUGACGCCCUUUGAAGCUCCUCAAUAUUUAAAGGUAGAAUAUCCUUUACCUCGGCCAAUUUUUUAGAUCUAUUACCCUUCAUACAGCAAUUAUUUGCAAACCGCAAGCAAUAUCCGACUACCCUCUGCAACUUAGAAAAAUUUGAAUACUUAUUCCACAAUUCUAAAGUCUGUAAACCUAAUAAUGUUUGAUGUAUUGCCUUACGUUCUGGUAUUUUCUCAGUCUCAGAUAUUAAAACCUCACCAAUUGGCCAAUCCUUAGAAUCUAGGUUUAACCAAUUAGGCCCUUCCCACCAAAUUCGACAAUCCUUGAGACGAUUUGGAUCCAAUCCCCGAGAAAUUACAUCAGCAGGAUUAUCACACGAUUUGAUGUGAUUCCAUUGAUAUCGUUUAGUGAGUCUUUGGAUCUCUGCAGUACGGUUGCCUACAAAAGUCUUCCACUCCACUGGUUCAGCUGCCAACCAUGAAAGUACAAUCGUUGAAUCGCACCAGUAAAAUACCUUGUUGGGAGUGAAAUCCAACGCUUUUAAUGAAACAGAAACUAAUCGCGCUAACAAAAGAGCCCCACAUAACUCUAAGCGAGGUAGAGAUAAUACUUUUAAAGGUGCUACACGCGAUUUCGAACACAACAAACUAACUUGAUGUUUCCCUCCUCGGUUUGUGGAACGAAUAUAUAUGCAAGCUCCGUAUGCGAUUUGAGAUGCAUCACAGAAUCCAUGCACUUGAACUUCAGAAGUUUCGCUGCAUAUAACCUUUCGAGGAAUCAACACGUGCUCUAUCUGCUCUAGACUAUCCCUAAAAUUUUCCCAUGUUGCUCUAAAUUCUUCUGGUACCAUCGAAUCCCAUUCCAAUUUUAGCUUCCACAACCCCUGGAGAAGUAAUUUUGCUUUUGUGAUAACUGGACCCGCCAGCCCUAAAGGAUUAAAUAAUUGCGAAAUCGUCGACAGAUUAGUCCUUUUAGAAAUUUGUUUAUUAUUCACCAUGUUAUUUACUGAAAAAUGAAAUGUAUCCCAAGAUGGCUCCCAAAAAAGUCCUAACGUCUUGUGUUUUUCCUCAUCAUCGGCAAUAUAAUGCUCAAUAUUCUGCAUAUCAGACUGCUCUCCUUCCCCUAAUAUAACUUUUCCAUCAUUGGACAACCAUUUUCUCAACACAAAACAACCAGAAUUUAGUAUUUGACUUAUCUGCUCCUUUAACACAAUAGCCUUUUCAACCGUAUCUUCACCUGUUAAAAGAUUGUCCAUAUAAAAAUCCUUGAUAAUUGCCCUGGAAGCUUUUGGAUAUUUUGUUUGAUUAAUAUGCCCUAACUCCUGCAAACAGCGCACAGCUAAAAAUGAUGCCGAAGCAGUACCGUACGUAACAGUAUUCAAAUUGUAGAUGUCAAGCGGCUUCCCAACUGAUGACCUCCACAAAAUACUUUGUAAAUGCCUUUGGUCCUCCCUAAUUAAAAUUUGCCGAUACAUCUUGGCGAUAUCAGCAACCAUUACAAAUUGAUGUUUUCUAAAUCGCAAUAAUAUGUCAAACAAAUCAUCCUGAAGUUUUGGCCCAACCAUCAAAAUGUUAUUUAGUGACAUUCCACUAUCCGUAGUAGCACUAGCAUCAAAAACUACUCGAAGUUUUGUAGUCAAAGAUGCCUCCCUAACGACCCCAUGAUGCGGUAGUAAACAAAUUCCGUUUAAAUCCCAUAAUGUAUUCACUUUUUUUCCUUCCGGCCACCUAAUCUCUUUUACCUUUGUCAUAUGACCCAAUGCCUCGUAUUCUUCCAUGAAUUCACAAUAAGAUCUUUUAAACCGUUCAUCCCUAGCAAAUCUCCUUUCGACAUUUUUAAAUCUUUUAAUCGCUAUUCCAAAGGAUCCUCCUAACAUUGACUCCUCUCUUUUAAGUGGUAAUGUGACUAUGAACCUCCCUUCCUCAUUUCUUCGUGUAGUUUCCUUGAAAAUAAUUUCGCAUCUUUCUUCUUCUUCUUCAGAAAACUUUCUUUCCUCAGCAAUUUCCUCAAUCAUCCAAAAUUUUUCAAGCUGUUCUUGCACCUUCAUAUUCGCUACCAAAUGACAACUAGACUUGUUAACCUUAUCUCCGACAUUAUUUGAAAUUGGCCCUGCUAUAAUCCAACCCAGCCUUGUAUUUUGUAACCAAGGUUUACCUGGACCUAACUUAUAGUGCUCGUCAAGUAAAACCUCCCAAAACCAACCUGCACCUAACAAAAUAUCAAUCUUUCUAGGUAUUGCGAAAUCAACAUCUGCCAAAACCUUAUCGCUGGGGAUUUGUAGGCUGCUACGAUUUACCUGAAAAGACGGUAUAUUCUCAGAAAUUUCAUCGAUGACUAAUAAUUGUGUCGUGAACUCAAAUUCACUACAUCUUGAUUUUAAUUUUGUUGUAAUAUAUUGAUCUAUGUUCAUUGAUGUUUGUCCCAUACCCACAAUUGUUAAAUUUGUGCGUUUAGAUGGAAUUCCUAACUUUUCCCAAAAUUGUUUCGUAAUGAAAGACGAUUGAGAGCCUGAAUCCAAUAAACAACGACAAGAAUGAGAAGUUCCAUAACAGUCUUCGACUGUCAGAAUGGCAGUUGAUAAAAAUAUGUUAGAUUGAUUAAUCCCUUGCGUCCCUAAUAACUGAACUUCCUGAAUUCCCGAAUUUACACAAUAAGUAUGUACCUGAUUGCCUUGACUCUGUUUAUUUUUUAACUGUACCUCAUUUGAUUGGAUAGACCCACCUGGAAUAGCCUGCAUUUGCGUGCCAUUACCCUCAUGAAGAUUUGUCUGUGAAUUACACCCUUGAUUCGACCUAGUCCCUGGAUUGCUGUUACCAUCUGUGGUUAAGCCCUCUCCUUGCACAACAACAUUCGAAUAUGAUUUUUGCCGACCAUUGAUAUUUUCAAAUGCAUGCUGGUCUUCGUGUAGAAGAGAAUGAUGUCUCCUUCCACAAUGCUUGCAUCCCCCUGAUGAACAAUCUUGUACUCUGUGUCCCCGUUUAAGACAAUUCCAACAUAAACUAGCCUCGCUUGCUUGAUUACGUCUUUCUCCUAAUGUCAUGCCUAAAAACUUUUUACAUAAAAAUAUAUUGUGAGAUUCAUUACAAAUGCCACAUUUUCCUGCCGACUUCUGGUUUUGAGUAGCCAGAAGAGUCUUACCUGGCUGAGACUGAAACUUACCUACAUUACCCCUAAUAUUAUUAUGGCUGAAAGACCCUUGUUUAUUUAUACCUGAAGCAUAUGAAGUUUUGUUAAACUCUUGCUUAUUUAUCCCUGUCUUUUCUGGCUCUAAAUAUUUACACCUGUUAGAAAGAAAAUUUAAAAACUUUUCCAUUGAAGGAAAUUCAUCUGACUCUGUUUUUUGUUUCCACAUAUUUUUAGUAGUUUGAUCCAAUUUUUUAUGAAGAUGAAAUAUCAUGUACGUUUCCCACUGUUCCACGUUUUGACCUAAUGUUGUCAAUGCCCUAAUAUUUUUUCGAAUUGUAUUCAAAAACUUAUUUAAUUGUUCGUAUGAUUCCUUACCUAUUGUUGGAAAUGAAUCUAAUGCCUCUAAAUGUGCGUAAGUUAUUAUCUUUUUGUUAUCAAACUCUAAUUUUAGCAAAUCAAUAGCGUCCUUGUAGUUACCCUCUGUAAUUUCCAUAUCCUCUAUUAACUCCGCAGCUGCCCCUGUCAAAGCACGUUGUAAAUAGACAAAUUUUUGAUACUGUGAUAUCACAUUAUUUGAAUCAAUAAGAGUACGAAAUGCAUCCCAGAAACUUAACCACUUAUUAUAAGACCCGUCAAAUUUUGGGACUUCUAUAGGCGCAAGUUGCAUUUCUGCAACAGUUUCUCUAGAUGGCCCACCCUGAGACCGUGUAGUGAUUUGAUAAGCUUGCUCAUUUUGUGAAAUUAUAUCUUUAGCAAUUGAAACAACUUCAAAGUAAUGAUCUUCAAAUGCUAUCCUUUUUUGUUGUUGAGCUAGAGAGCUACUAUACCUUUCAAUCUCAAACUGUAUUUCUAGGAAUUCAUUCCACCACUCAUUGCAUUUUUCUAACCUAGCCUCAAUUUUACCAAUAUUAUCUACUGAAAAAUCUGUAACCAAAUUAUAUAACCGUGUUAAUUGAUCAUUUAGAAUUGUUCGUUUACGCAUUAACUCAUCUAACUGAUCUUGUACCUCAGCUUCCUUAUCGUUGCUUUUUCGCCUACCCAUUGCAAUAGUAACAACUCAGUUAAAAUCCUAUAUAAACUCAAUUGGCCUUACUUAUUAAUCGGACCUCGAUAAUCGCUUACCCCUGUAGUUGCAUCAAAUGAAUGUUUGUUCCUAUGUGUACCCUUAAGCCUUUGACGUUCCUCCUGGUGCUACUGGAAAAUUACUUCUAACAUGAAGUAUCCGGCUCGAAGGACCAUGAAGAAAGCGGACUGUAUUUGAAUGAAAUGAAACCCACCAUUGGAAACUAUCCUUGUAUAUAUUAACGUAUUUACAGUUAUAAUGAAAAGGUACAAUUUUAGAGUCUGACAAUCUAAUUAAUAAUAAUGUCAACUUCUUCGUAACUAGGGUUUUUUAAGGACGAGCGGCACCUAACACAUUAUUAAAGGGUUCAACCCCAACAACAUUUAAAGCGUCCGAAAAAAUAAAAAAAUAAAAAAAAAUAAAUAGUGGUUGAUAGGCGUUGUUUUUAUUUCUUUGCAUAAUAAUUAUUGUAUUUAUUUGUAAUCUAUAUAAAUUUGUUUUUUAUCAUUAAAUAUUAAUAUAAUUAUUUGUAUUUUUUUGUCUCAGAG